AUUAUAACAAUGAAAUACGGGUUUACUUCAUAUCGCCUACUAAUUUUAUUAGCAUUUUUGUUUGGAUAUAUAUGUCUGUGUGCUAGUGAGAAUGUUAAGAAAAGCAUUGAUGAUCUGCAAGAUGAAAGUAAUGAAGGUAACGAUGAUACAAAGGAGUCAUUAGAUAUAAUGCCAGAAAAUGAGAAUACUGAACAAAUAAAUAGUAAUAGUAACAACAGCAAUAACUAUAACAGUAACGAAAAUGACAGUAAUAAUAAAAACAAUAAUUCCACAACAUGCACUAGAAGAGCAAAUUCUCAGAUGCACGAGAUACUUACAGCAAACCACAAACAAUUCCCUUUUAUGGCAGCUAUUAUGUCCCACCAGAAUGACUAUUUGUGUGCUGGUUCUGUGGUAUCGAAUGGUGUAAUCUUGACUUCUGCAGAGUGUUUACAAAAGCCUGUCAAUUAUGUCCUGUUGAAUACUACUAAAGCUAAAAAAGAAGAUACUGCUGUUAUGCUGUACAUUAAGAAUCGCGAAAAAUUUCCUUCAUUUGCCGGAAGUCGUGGAAAGGAUAUCGGUAUUAUUUUCACAGAAAAACAUAACAACAGUGUGGCGUCAAAAAUCAAAUUAAGUAACAUGACAAGUUUAAAAGGUCUUACAGAUUUUGAAGGUCUUGGUUACGGUUUGAAUACUGAAGUUAAUCAAAUAAAAGAGUUACAAUAUAUAGGGGUAGAGUAUCGUCCAUUUGAGGAUUACCCUGAUUUAUUGGAGGGUUACUUUGAUUGCGUUGAUACCAAAAUCCCUACUUGCUUUAAAGAUUUCGGUGGACCAGCAAUUUUUGAUAAUGAAUUAAUAGGAGUUAUUAGCUCCGGUCAAAAUCAAUGUACUAGUGAAAUGUCUUCAAAGUAUGCUGUAAGCAAGAAAUUGGUAAGAGUUGUGCCUACCUACUCUUUUAAAGCUUGGCUAGAGGAGAAAAUUGCAAAAGUUGAAGAGAAGCAACCUGCGGCACUUGCGACAUAUCCCUCCCAACCUGCAGUCAAUAACGUUACUAAGAAUACUAUGUGUCAUAUAUUAUAA